AUAGUUGUUUGAUAACCGUUAAAAAAUAGAGGAAGAAGAAAUGACGUCAUGUUUCUGCGACUGUUUUUAUCAAACAAGCUAUCAUGGCGCUGUUUCCAGCUUUUGCUGAAGUGUCUAGUAACAAACUUGAAGAUUCUUCCAAAGAAUUAGACUGGCUGAAUAACAAGAGCUUUCAGACCGGGCAUGCCAUUUCUCUUCACAGUCGAUUUUUAGAGAAGGAGUCAAGUGUUAGCAGAGAUGUGAGCUCUGCAGAUGAGAGGCAGGAGGAGAAAAGCAAUGUUCCACCUAAAAGGAAGAAGCAGAAGAAAACGGAACAGAAGAGGAAAAAAAAGAAGAAGCACAGAAAGAAGAGUGGUAGAUAUUCAGAUAGCAGUGGGCCUGACUCUGACACAAUUUACCCCAGUGACCUCAAAAAGGAAUAUGAGGGACAAAGAUCUCAGGCGGCCCCAUUAGCGAGUCGUUUUUCCUGGUUGGAUGACGUCCAAUCUCCCACAGAACAAACAUUCUGUGUGGACCGAAAACCAGACCCAGCCAACUGGACGUACAAGUCACUAUACAGAGGGGAUGUAGCAAGGUAUAAGAGGAAAGGCAGCUCAUCGUUAGGCCUAGACCUUCGCAGACAGGAAAUCAGGUGGGAGGAAUCAGAGAAGAAGAAAGGUGCGGACAAGAAAAAAUCAGCAGACAGAUACUUCUCUACAGUCACUCGUCAGAUACUGAGAUCUGAGCCCCCUCUUCCUACGUUACCAACAAAACCUGAGGGCAGUAAUGUUAUCAAAUCCUCGUUCCUCCCACUGGGGGACACUGAGGACAAGAAACGUGUAGAGACAAGUGCAAGAAUGCAGACAUCAUCAGAAAAUCCCCUCGGUGUGUAUGACUCCUCCACAUCCCUCUGGCUGCAGGGGAAAGGACAGCAGGACCAGCAGGAGGAGGACGGUCAGACAGACCUGAGUGCUGUGCUUUUGGCCAAAAAGACUGAAGAGUUUAACAGACAGCUCAGGGAGCAGCCUGCAGAUACACAGUUGUGGAUAAAAUUCAUAAAAUACCAGGACGAGCUUUCAACAGUCUUUGGUGGUAAGGAGGAGCAGCUGGGCACUGAUGCGGUAGAGCAGCGUAAAUCUUCCUACAAAGCGGUCCUGGAGAAAAAGCUGAGCAUCGCAGAGCGGGCAGUGGCCACCAACCCUAAAUGCAUAGUUUUGCAGCUGGAACGGCUCAAGAUCUGCCAAGAGCUCUGGGAGCCCUCUGCUUUGGCUAAAGAAUGGAAGAAACUGGUGUUCCUUCAUCCAAACAGCGCCCCCUUGUGGAAGAAGUAUCUGCUUUUCACCCAGAGCUACUUUAGCAAUUUCUCUGUGUCAAAGGUCAAUUCUGCCUAUGGAAAGUGCCUAAGCACUCUCAGCGCUGUAAGAGAUGGCAGCAUGGUCUCUCACCCCGCACUGCCAGGGACUGAGGAGGACAUGUUGGAUAUUUUUGCACAGCAGUGUCAUUUCUUGCGUCAGUCGGGUCACUCUGAGAAGGCGAUUACUCUAUUUCAAGCCAUGAUCGACUUUACUUUCUACAAACCCGACAGUGUACGAAAGCUGUCCACCAAGCAGCAGGUUGACUUCUUUGAGCCUUUCUGGGAUAGUGGGGAGGCGAGGAUUGGGGAGUUGGGGGCCCGGGGUUGGAAAGCCUGGAUGGUCCAACAAGAGCGGGGAGGUUGGAUUCAGCCCAAUGCAGAGGAAGAAGAGGAGGAUGAAGAGGAGGAGGAGGAGGAGGUGAAGGAUCAGAGCCAGCCCAGAUGGACAGUCUGGCUGGAUGUGGAAUCGUCCCGUGAUGCAGCUCAGUGGCUUCCCUGGAGGCCUGAUAAAUCCAAGGGCCAAACAGAAGAAGACUGUGAAGACCCUGACAGACAGGUGUUGUUUGAUGACAUUGGUCCAUCCUUAAUUUGUCUGUCGUCACCGGAUCUUCAGCUCCAUCUUCUCCUCUGGUUCUUGUCAUUCCUGGGUCUCCCUGUGGACUCUGUCUUCUCUGAUGCCCUCUGUCAGUCUGACCUGUUGCUGGAGAACCUUUCACUGCUCACUCAGGGUACUGACCUCCAGCAUCCUCUGACCUCCCAUGACCUACCUGACCUUGGGAUUAAUGCUGUAGGUCACAUGACCACACUACAAGGGACAAAGAAGUUGGCAGGACUGGGCAAACAUGGUGAGAGGUUUGUCACCAAUGUGUUUAACAUGGUCCAAGCCUUUCUUCCCACACACCACCGAGCUGUCCUGUCACUCUGCUGGAUGCAGUAUGAGAAAGUUAAAGUCUUUCACUGUCUGCAAGGCAGCAACAAAAAGCGUCUUCGCUCUCAGGGCAAGAGAAGUAAGCGGGUUGCCAAGCGACUGCUCAAAGAACCGGAAAACCGCUCGUCACUGGUCUUGUGGCGGGAGUAUGCCCAUAUGGAGUGGAUGCUGGGCAACCUCGACGAAGCACGCAAAGUUUUCUCCACAGCAACUGCAAUGGGUGGAACCGAAGGGCUAAGUAGCCCCAGUUUCUGCGAGCUGUGUCUGCUAUGGGCACAGCUAGAGGUGGAGGACUGCACAACUGUGCGAGGAGGGAGAUUGAAGGACGUAACGGCUUCCCCAGCUGUCUCUGUGCUAACAAAGCUAGCUGAUGGAAACUCCUCAUUCACUCCAGCAUCCCCCCAGUCCAUCUCCCCUGUUUCCAUUCUGAAAGCUAGAAAGGCAUAUGAACAGGCUCUAUCAGCUGGCUUGUCAGUGCUGGAUGAGAACCCCAACAGUCCUCCGUCCGGAAAAAAAGGUCCAGAGACGCUGAGACUGAGAGGCCUGGUCGGCUGCUCUGCUCUGUUCCAGUACCUCACAGUGGGCAUAUCUGCAGCUAAUGAAGUCUACAGCCAAGCUAGGGGGAAAAUGGAGGAGUUGCAUCACAAAUUAACAAACAGUGAUGGGGAGGCAGAGUGUGCUAGGGCUGAGUUCACAUAUAUCACCAAGCUUGCUUCUGAGUGUAAAGUACUAGCGGUACAGCAGGCCGCGUUGCUAAGGUACCAUAACAGCGUCAUUGUGUUUCCCCUGGCAACACUAAGACACACUCUGACCUCUGCCCUCUCCAGCUGGCCCAGCAGUACCACACUGUGGAGCAUAUAUGUACAGGUUGAGAACCAUUACCAUAGUGCUGGCCGGGCCAGACGUUUUUUUCAUUCGGUAACCAAGGACAGCAACAGUGUGGUUCCACACCUAUUUGCUAUUGUUGCUGAACAACAAAGGAAGCAGCUGGUGGAUGCUGCUCAGAGGUCUUGUUCUCAUGAUGUUGCUUUGCCCAUCCUGCCGGAAAAUGGUCUCAGCCACCGUAUUCGCAGACUGUUUGAAAACGCUAUAGCAUCGGAGAUGGGUGCUCACUGUCCUUUACUUUGGAGGAUGUACAUGCAUUUCUUGGUGUCCGAAGGGAAGGUCGAUAAAGCCAGGGGGAUCUUCUACAGGGCUUUACAAAAUAUCCCCUGGGCAAAGGGUCUGUACAUGGACGCCGUGCAGCUGUUCCCUGAGCAUCUGCAGGAGUUCACCGAUCUGAUGAUGGAGAAAGAGCUGCGUCUCAGGCUGCCUUUGGAAGAACUGGACAUAUUACUGGAAAACUGAUCACACACACGGACUUUAGAACAAUCAAGACUUCACUUUGAGCUUGCUUUAAUGGCCAAGCGCUGACUCGCAUACAGGACACAAACCCAGAUGCUUCUACACACACCUUCUCUCUGAACUACACUGAGAAAAUAUUGUGCUGCUCUGUACAUAAAUCCUGAAAAUAAGUUGUAUUCUACAGCAAAUACAACUAAGUUUUGGUACCUGACAUUGUCAAUAAAUAUACUAGUAUGAGA